CAGGUACUUCGUAUGCAGAUAAAAGCUAAGCACUCAAAUUUGUUUCAGGUAAAUAAAUAAAUAAAUUGAACUACAGAGUAUCUGAAAACAAAAGUGAUUUUUAUCUUCUUCUUCAUGUUAUCCUGUUAAUGAGCAAUCUGUAUUAACAUUUAUCCAUCUAUUUUCUAUGCCGCUUAUCCACACGUGGGGGUAUGCUGGACUUCAGGUACACCCUGGACUGGUCACCACCCAAUCGCAGGGCACAUAUAGACAAACAAUCAUUCAGGCUCACAUUCAAAUAGGUCAAAAUAGGUCAAAUCUCUUCAUGCUAAUUUCUCACGAAUGAAUCAGUUCUAAGAGAACCACAGUGUGUUUAAUCGCGCCCCUCCCCCUGAUCAGUGUGGACACAGCGACGCCUCCACACAUCUUGACCAAUGACAUUCGCCUUUAACAUAAAAAAGACAAGGAAAAAAGCUCCCAAUUGGCUCCCAAUGACGCGACCCGGCUCCUGUCGUUCAUUUCAAAGAGCCGGCUCAUAGAGCCGAUUCGUUCGCGACCGACACAUCGCUACCAUACAUGACAUAACCAGGAAAGCAAGUUGGUCCAACUACAUUGCUAGCUAGCUGAAAUUGUGUAUCCGUGUUGAAUGACCCACUAAUUAUUUUUGCUCAUCUAAAAAGUCCAUUUUGCUCAUCUAAAAAGUCCAGAGAAGUUGUAAUUUUGUAACAGUGAGCACUUUUACAUGUCUUUGUUCAUUUUUUUUUUUAAGUAAAAUGGGCUCUAGUGGGGAAGACCAACAUCUUGAAGUAACCGUGCAGCAUGAGUCCACCCAGUACACAGUCAGCUAUUCUCGUGGAGAGAAAAAGGCAGAUUACCCGAAAAAGGAAGAGUUCACCAAAAAGAGCACUCCAGGCAGAGUAAAGCGAGUUGUGUCAUAUAAGAGGAAGACGCGUCAUGUGACGGUGGCUCGGAAGAAGCCGUCUGGCUCAGGCAGGACACAUGACGCAGCAAACAAGGAGAAUAAAAUGACAACAGACAUUCAGCAGGAGAUGUUUGAUAUGGACCCUCGGCAGUUGACAACAAAUGUAAACAGUGACCGCAAUACAGAGAAGACUGGCUUUGAGGAUGCUGACUUCUUAAAACUUACUGAGCCUACAAGUGAUCAUGUCACAAUAACUGAGGUGCUCCUUGGAAGAAACCUGAGAGUCAAAGUGGCCUUAACACUGUGGCAGAGACAUUUUGGAGAGAUGCUAACGUACCUCCUGAGAAUCCAAGAUACUGGUGUUUUUGUCGACAUUCUCCCUCUAAUAAGCAAAAGCCUGGAGGACGAAUCUUCCAGCAUUACCAUCGGCUGUUGUGUGGACCUGUUCCCCUUGGUUCAGAAUGUCCUCAUCAGGCCAUAUGAAGAGUAUGUCAUUGUUGGUUUGAUGUGGCUCAAUUCUGUUUUGAAACGCUGGUGGCAACAGCUUAAAGCAAGUGGCUACACUGGAUCGACUGAACUUCCUUUUGAUAGAAACUUUCAGGUCUUCAAUCAGCAGUUGCUGGAGUUAUGGCAUCAGGAGCCUCAACUAAAGUCUUUUCCUGGAGCUGCUGGGGAACUGGCAAAGGCCAUUGAUUCCUUCCUGUCUCAACUUACUUGACAUCCAUUGAGAGUGAGGAAACAGAAACAGAAAUCCGUACUUUAAGGUUCUGACAUUGUGCAGUUUAAUUUGAUAAUGAGAAAAAAAAAGUGUUAUGAUUGAUUCAAGUUAUGG